AUGGCGUACCAGGAUAUCGAGCCUGGCGCCGGCGGUGCUGUUGGUGGAAUGGGAGCAGGACAGGACCUAAUUUUAAACCCGAGCCGGUUUCGACAUGGUCGGAAGUGGCAUCCGGUACAGUGCGGCACGGGUGCUACCGCUGUCAGGCCCAUAAAUAUCCGCGGCCGGGCAGCGCCUGAGGGGUUGGAUCCGAAGGAGCCAGGAGCUGUGGCUUCACUCUGGGAAGGAACACUCGAAAAAGCGACCUCAGACUUGGGAUAUUGGGAAAAGGAUAACUGGGGCGGUGAAAGAGAAAUUGAAGCUGUACUUGCGUCUUAG